UCGCGUCUCCCUCAAGCACCAGUGUCCAUCAAGCAGGACGAAUCAAGAACCGACGUCGCGAUACCCAUUCCCAUCGCGCAGACUUGCUGGAAGAUCACAUCUCCAGAUGGCCAUGAGCAGCUAUGCUACGAGCCCAUUCCCGGCUUCGAGCACCUAUGGAGUGGUCCAGGACCAGCACCUAGUGAACCCAGGACGCAGCACAAUCCGCGAAAGAGAACUCGAUCCAGUAGAAGAAAGCUACGUUCGCAGCCCGUAGCUCAGAGCACGGGCGACGAGGAAGACGGGCGACUUGGCGAGGAUGUCAAGAUUACAACCGAACAAUCAUAUACCUUCUACAUUGGCGACAUCGAUGAGUUGAAGAAGUUCUUCCGCCGGAGACUUGAUGAGCUCACUAUGAAACCACUACGUCCUAUCGUGACAGCUUGGAUUAAGCAAAUUGAGCCCAAGCGGUUAAGCCGUUACGGCCGAUACCAUAAACAGCUGCCCAAAGACCAGCCCGAGGAAUGCUCUCCACCCUGGUGGCCUCGAGAUGUUAACUAUGAAGAGCCAUCACACCUCGAUAAGGCAGGGCUUUUGACGCUAGCAGUCGACAUUAUGCUUCAACACCGUCUCAUUGACAAGGAAAAGCGUAAAGGUUCUUGGGUAGCGAAACUUCGGCAAGCAGCCCAGUAUGCUGUUGAAACAACACCUCCUGAGCAAUUCUCUUCGUCCAAAGGAUCCAACUUUAGUGAGAAGAUGCAAAGUCGGGCCCUAGCAGAAAUCCUGCCCAAUCUGUUCGAGACUGCGCAGCUCUACGAGGAUCACUUUGCAUGGCACCGCCACUACGAGGGCUCUGGUAUUCCAGAUCCUGGUAAAGGAAAGCGGGUGACCUGGCAACCGCUCACUAGGCCAGCCCGCCAGCCUGCGACUCCUAGAAAGCGCCCUCGAACAACUAAUGAAGGCACAGCGCUGAGAUCAGAAACCGACGUCGAAGCUUCUGGAAAUGAGACCGAGAUAGACGACUGUGUAACUUCGUCUUACCUGCGCGGCCAAGAAUUGGCUUCGGACCAACCUGAGGGAUCUGAUAUCUUCGGGUCAAAGGAAACUCCCCAGCAGACACCCGUCUCGGCCUGUGGAGGUACAGCUGCUCCCCUCCAUACGUACCCUUGUAGUACCACUACGGCACCCAACGUUUCUUUUGGGCAACCAAUGCAUGGGCUUCCUCUCGGCGAGAAGAUGGACCUAGACGUUGGGAUGGCUGCUUGCACACCGCUCCAUGAUCACACCUACAUCAAUGGCGGCCAUCUCAUGCAGUACUCUGAUGGCGACCUAGGGUACAAUCAAUACUCGGUUCAGCUACAACAGGACGGCUGCCCCCUUUUCAACACGUCUCAAUCCGGAUUUACUUCGCCAUCCGCCCCAUUGUACCACCAUCCAUUUCCUGCAUUUAAUCCGCACUUUUCUCAUCCGGUUGAGCAUGUAGCAUUCCAUGACGACACUUGCUAUCCUCAUGGCUCCAAGAUGUAUACAUCGUCACCGGCUAAUUCUCUGCACUUGUUCCACAGUACAUCCAAUGAUGCUGCCAUGGUAUGCCAGGCGGAGGCGCCUCGAUACUAA